CAGUACACAAUAAUGAACUCUUACUCUUUCACUCUCUUCAUCUUUGCCGCCAUUAUCUUUCUCCGGUGUUCAAGUUCGACCAAAGCUGCCACUUGUCACCCUGAUGAUGAGGCGGGUCUUUUAGCUUUCAAAUCGGGUAUAACCCAAGAUCCUUUGGGCCAUCUGAACUCGUGGAAGAAAGGUACUGAUUGCUGCUCAUGGGUGGCUGUUACUUGCACUAGGGGCAAUCGCGUCACUGAACUAAACCUAGACGGAUCUAGCGUUCUUGGCGGAAUCUUUCUCUCUGGCACUAUCUCCCCGUUGUUGACCAAACUUCAACACCUUGAGGUGAUUUCCUUAAUCUCUUUUCGAAAGAUGACUGGCUCUUUUCCUCUGUUUCUUUUUCGAUUACCAAAGCUAAGGUACCUUAACAUCAUGAAUAAUCAUCUCCCCGGUCCACUUCCAGCCAACAUCGGCACGCUACACCAGUUGGAAGACCUAAUUCUCGAGGGAAACCAGUUCACUGGUCAGAUCCCGAGUUCCAUAUCCAAUUUGACUAGGUUAUUUCGGCUCAAUCUUGGCGGCAACCGCCUCUCUGGCACCAUCUCAGAUAUAUUUAAACCCAUGACGAACCUCCAACAUCUUGAUCUCUCCCGCAACGGAUUCUCCGGGAAACUUCCUCCAUCGUUUUCAUCGCUUGCACCGACCCUCAAAUAUCUCGAUCUGAGCCAGAACAAUCUCUCGGGAACGAUUCCGGACUAUUUAUCAAGAUUCGAGACGCUUUCCACAUUGGUUCUCUCCAAGAAUCAGUACUCGGGGGUUGUGCCAACGAGUUUCGCUAAUUUAACCAGUAUUUACUAUCUCGAUCUCUCCCACAAUCUCUUAACCGGUCCAUUCCAUGCCUUGAAGAGUAGCAUCGGCUAUCUUGAUCUAUCGUACAACCAAUUUAACCUGAAAACCAUUCCGGAAUGGGUGACCUCGUCGACGAGUUUGUACUCACUAAAGUUGGCUAAAUGCAGUAUCAAGAUGAACUUAAGCGAUUGGAGGCCAGUGAAGACCAAAUUGUUCAAUAACAUCGAUCUGUCCGAAAACGAGUUCUCAGGGAGUCCAACAUGGUUCCUAAACAAGACGGAGGAUCUAUUGGAGUUCCAGGCGUCGGGAAACAAACUCCAAUUUGACAUGGGGAAGUUGAGUUUCGCAAAGUCACUUAGAAUCUUGGACCUAUCAAGGAACUUGGUAUUUGGGAAGGUGCCAUGGACAGUGGCUAAACUGAAGAAACUAAAUUUGAGUCAAAACCAUCUUUGUGGAAAGCUUCCGGUGACAAAGUUCCCAGCUAGCGCGUUUGCGGGUAACGAUUGUCUUUGUGGCUCUCCACUUUCUCCUUGUAAAGCUUAGCGGCAAUAUAUCUAUAGGUUGGCAUUUAGAUUUACUUGUGACAACUAAUAAGAUUUGAAUUAAUAAAAAUAAUGUAACUCUUAGAUACGAAGGAGCUCCAUUACAACUUGACAAGGGCAUGUGUUAGUGAAAAGUAAAUGUUCGGAAAAUAUCCUCUCACUGUCGGAAGAGAGCUGUUGAGCGGCUAAGUCGUGAAGAGCUGGUCGAGAGAGCUUUCUAGAUCUAAAAAAGAAAAAGCCUUUUGAACAUUGGUUUAAAAAUUGUUUCAGGAAAUGAAUCAUAGGAAAUAAAUCGAUUAGAGCAUUGUAGAGAUUAUACGACUAUUGCUUAAAAAAAACAAACGUCUUUUUUUUUUUUGAACAAAGAAACAAACCAACGUCUUAAAUUCUAAACUCCCACUAAAACAACUUGACCAACAACCU